AUGUUCUCCUAUAGAAGAAUGACUAUGGAAAAUACCUCCUUGGUAUCAGAAUUCAUCCUGGUUGGAUUAACAGAUCAACCAGAACUGCAAAUUCCGCUUUUCCUGAUUUUUCUGCUGAUGUAUAUGAUAACUGAAUUGGGGAAUUUGUCUUUGAUCAUUCUAAUUGUGCUGAACUCUCACCUGCACACCCCCAUGUACUUUUUCCUCUUUAACUUGUCCUGCAUUGACCUCUGUUACUCUUCUGUGGUUACACCCAAAAUGCUGAUGAAUUUUAUACUAAAGAAGAAUGUUAUCUCCUAUGUGGGCUGCAUGAUUCAACUCUACUUCUUCUGUUUUUUCAUCAUAUCUGAAUGCUAUCUGCUGAUGGCAAUGGCCUAUGACCGCUACGUGGCCAUCUGCAAUCCACUCUUGUAUAACAUUGUCAUGUCCCCUAAGGUGUCUUCCUAUCUAACGCUGGGUUCAUAUUUCAUGGGGCUUUCUGAUGCUAUGAUCCACACUGGAUGCAUGCUGAGACUGACUUUCUGUGGUAAAAGCACCAUCAACCACUAUUUCUGUGACCUCCUCCCUUUGUUGCAGCUCUCCUGCACCAGCACCUAUAUCAAUGAGAUAGAGCUGUUCAUCGUAGCUGGGAAAAACAUCAUUAUGCCCACUGUCAUCAUUUUUACCUCUUAUGGCUUUAUCAUCUCCAGCAUCCUCCAAAUAAGCUCCACUAAGGGCAGGUCUAAAGCCUUCAGCACCUGCAGUUCACACAUACUCACAGUUUCUCUGUUUUAUGGAUCAUGUGCAUUUAUGUAUCUCAAACCCUCCUCAGCUGGAUCUAUGGAUGAUGCAAAAAUAUCUUCUGUCUUUUAUAACAUUGUGGUUCCCAUGAUGAACCCGUUAAUCUACAGCCUGAGAAACAAAGAUGUUAAAAUCGCUCUGAAAAAUACUAUAGCCAAGAAGAAGUUUUGA